AUGAAAUGGAUGCCUAUCGUUUCAAAUUACUGCUCCAAAAAUCAUCCGUUUCCUUGUUUUCUAGUACUUCACUUAGCAUUUGACAACUGUGAUUCUGAAAAUCAACCAAGGCAUUGCUACACAUUCCAUGCUUUAUUUCAAUUGAGUUCAGAUUUGUUACAUAAUCAUUCUAAUGUUUCCAAAAAGCGUGCAAAACUCCCUUCUUUCUUUCAUUGCCAAAACUUUAAUCAAUAG